GCAGCGAAACAGUAACUAGUCUGAACGAAGGACGUUUUCUUUAACAGCCUCUUAUUUCUGGAUAUGCCCGGACGCUGUUCUCCAGCAUGAGCAGGAAGGGGUCUUGUGUGGGGAUGAUGAGCGCUGCAGCCGGAGUAGAUCGCAGCAGGGUCGGGGAGAGGCUGCAGGCUGCUCUGGCCGGGCUGCAGGAGCUGCAUCUCCUGAAGGACAGGCAGAGCGACAUGGUGAGCUGGGCGCUGAGGAUGGACCGAGAGGAGCCGGUCACUGCUGUGCAUGCAGGCCCGGAGAGUCCCAUGAUGAUGGGGGCUGAGGAACAGCGGCUUGAGGCGACCCUAACAACCCUGAAGCAACAGCUGUCUCGUCUUCGGAAACAGGAUGUAGGCCUUAAGUCUCACUUGCACCAGCUGGAUCAACAGAUCAGUGAGCUGAAGCUGGAUGUGAGCAAGGCCUCCACAGAGCAGCUGGAGAGUGACAGCAGGCCAAGUUCAGGUUUCUAUGAGCUCAGCGAUGGUGGCUCUUGCUCGUUGUCCAACUCCUGCACCUCUGUGUACAGCGAGUGUCUGUCAUCCUCUCAGACAAGCCUUCUCCUCCUUCCCAUGAGCCCUGCUAAUUCAUACAUCAGCCCGCCAUCGCAAGUAGACGUAUGCCGCCGGCGUUCUGCUGAUGAGAGCACUACCCAGCCCAACCCUCCGCGGGCCACAGGCCUCCAUCUGGGCAGCAGCAGGAUCCGAGCAAGCACCGAAAAGGCUCGACCAAGGCCUGUGUCAACAGGUGAUCUUGAGAGGAUGAUGGCUCAAGGACUGAGCUACUACAAAUCUGUGGAUGCAAAGAAACCCUCAGUGUGCUCAAACCUGAAGACCUCUACAGUGGACCCCAAGUUCCAUAGCAACUUGGUGUCCCGCAGUGGGAUGGAAGUGUACCACUACCCUAGCCCCCUGCAUGCUGUGGCUCUCCAGAGCCCAAUCUUUUCCCAUGGGGCCGAGCCAGCCACAGCUGGACCUCUAGAGGGCCAAGCAGCCCCUGUGAACAGUUCUGACACCCACCAGAGGGCACAAAUGACUUAUGAGACCAAAACCCUGGGUUAUAUUGACAAGCUUCUCCUGCGUAGCUUGAGCAAAAUCCAGAGUGAGUCAGAGACUCUGCAGACACACAGUGACUAUCACAGGAGGCCCACUGAAGUUUUAACUGCAUUUCCUGAAGUGUCUCAGAAAGAGGUGUCUGUGCUGCAGCCUCCGCCAGCCCAGACCACAAAAAUCUCCCCACGAGAUAUCCACCAGAAGAGACACUGCAUCACAUUCUCCAUCCAAGAGCCAGCUGAUAACGCACGCCACAAUCAGUCAGUGAGAGCCCCGGAGGUUUCAUACCGAUACUCCCAUCCUGCUGCCAGUAGGGAGUACAGCUCUGAUGAGAUCACCACUUUAUCCCUGAGGAAGAAUGGUAAACCCCAAGGAGAAUAUACUAGUGUAGCAAGAAGUAAUUCAGGGAAUAGAUGUGGGGAUUAUCCGGAGUCAAUGACACAAGAGAGGAAGGGCUACAGGCAAAGAUCAGCGAUGGCCCACAGCUCCAGCACAGAGGAGAGUCAAGGCUUUGAGGUUCACGCAGGUCACAGAGCUUCCCCUGAGUUUGUCCAUGCCAAAUUUGUUCCUGCCGGAUCUCAGAGGGUCAAGGUGACACAGGGAGACCGUAAAACCAAAGCUGUGAAACUGAGAAGAAAAAGCAGCGAGAAGCCUCGAGCAAUGAGGCAGCAACAUGGUUACUCCUCUGGCGAAAGGACCCGAGAGGCCAAUGGUGUAACCAAGGGAGAAACAAGAAGAUCAGGAAAAGGAAAAGUGACCCAGAAAUGUACGGUCACUCACUCAGAGGAGCGCAGACAGGGCUCAGGCUCAGACUCCAGCCACUGUAGCCCGGGACUCAUGUACACCCACAAGGUCCACCCAAAGCCACAUCCCAUCGCUGCUGUUACAAAGUCCAGCAAAAGUCGCAGACUACAGUGCCUGGAGUAUGAGCAGCCUACAGAGCAAAGGAAGAGGAGGCAGGGGGCUGCCAAAUGGCCAUCUGAUGUGGAGAUGCUCCAGGCCUCGUAUGCUCAGCGUCUGAGAUCAAAAGAGCCCCAUGCUCAGGCACCAGGGAGCAUGCAGAUGGUCCACAGUAUGAGUGCCAGGUCAGGCCAGUGGAUAGGACCCCCUCUCACCUUCAAAUCCUCCAUUUCCUCUAACUCUUUCCUCCACAAUCUUAAUGCUAGAUACCCUCCAGCAGCCUUGGUCAUGUCCUGCCACUACCCACCCAGAUGUGAGUCUGAGUAUUCGGCCGAAUGCGCCUCACUGUUUCACUCCACCAUUGCUGAAAGCAGCGAGGGGGAGUUGAGCGAUAACACCACUAACCGCUUUGGCGAUAGCGAGUCGAGCCAUAGCUUCAAGUCCUUCUCGGACUCUGACAGCAGUCUGUCCCUGGACGAGGAGGACCAGGUGGAAAGCCAGGAGGAGAGAGGUCUGGUGUGGGCUGAGGCUGCUCUGGGGCCCACCGCAGCUGGACAGCCCCUCCAGCAGCUCCCACGCCCCGAGCCAUCAGCCUGCCGCAUCAAAGCUUCCCGAGCCCUGAAGAAGAAGAUUCGUCGGUUCCAGCCAGCCUCCAUGAAGGUCAUGACCCUGGUGUAGCUAAGAUCCCCUAGGCAGGGUGAGAACUGUUGGGAAAGCGCAGAGAGAAUGUGGAAAAUGCUUUCUAAACUGUUUGGAAACUGGUCUUUGAGCUCAACACCCUUAAUCAUCAUCAAGAAGCAGCAAUAAAACUGAAAUGCAUCCGUGCACUGAUUGUUGUGUUAAAACAAAAACAAAAUUCAAUGGAUGAAACUUAAACUGUACAAAACGGUGCAUGGUAUAUGUAUAACACAAUUAUUACACUUAAUUUGUAAAUAUGUAUCUUGUAAUUAAAGUUUCCUAUAGCAUGUGGCUGCAUUUGACAAUUCCAUGGACAUUCAUGUCAUAUAAUUGUAUGUACCUGAGAAAUAAAACCAAUCUUUUUACAUUUCUUAUUUGAAAUAAUUGUUUAUUUUCUGUUAAUUUCUUAAUUUCUUCUCAGUGGUUAUA